AUGCUUGAAAAUCUGGACAUAUUGCUAAAAGUAUUCAAUGUAAAGAUAAACAAAAAUAACGAUGGCCAUAUCAACAUCUUUCUAUACAUUCUUUGGGUCAUCAGCAACAUCUGCUAUUACUACGUGUACGUUUUCUCAGCGUGUUGGUUCGUGUUUGUCAAAUGCCCACAAACUGGUAACCUCAUCGCUGCAGCUGUUGUUAUAUCCCUGGCCAUGUGCAGCCAGCCCUCCUUCAUCAAGAUGUUCUAUAUGAUCAUUUAUAAGAAAAGAGUUCAGAGCCUGAUCCAAAACUAUCUGCAAUUGGAUGAAUUAGUGAAACCUCAAAGUACAUUUUCAAAGAACCUGCACAUCCAACUCAGAUUCAUCAAGAAACGUGCCGCCACGGUGUGGGUCACUAUGGCCGUCAAUGGGUUCUUAUACAUCAUUGUACCGAUAUUUAUGCCUGGGAGACACCUGGCUGAGGAUCUCCUGGUUAUUUAUGGUUUGGAGCCGAUGUUCGAAUCUCCCAACUUCGAGAUUGCAUCCGCCAUGAUUGGAAUCAGUGUAUACUUAUGCGUCUGUUCUCUCGCCAGCAUCACGGCAAUGAAUUUAAUUAUAUUAGGAUACAGCGAGUCCCAAAUGAUAUCCCUUAGCAAGGAGCUCAAAUAUCUAUGGCAUGAUGCGGAAGAUUUCACCACGUCACUACAAAAACGUAUCUUACCAUACAAAUAUGGUACCAAGACCAGCAUAAGAAACACAUACAUAACAGAGCGUUUAAAAGAAAUUACAUACUUACAUAUAAGGAACAUACAAGUCGUAGAAGAAUUCGAAUGCGUUUUCAGUAUCACUAAAGCGAUUGAGUUCAUUUUCAUUAUAAUGGCGAUAAUAUCAGAAUUACUUGGGGGCGUUCAAAAUACGUAUUUGCAGAUACCUUUUUCAUUUGUUUUGAUACUGAUGGAAUGUUUUGCUGGACAGAAGCUGAUGGAUGCUUGUGAGAUGUUCGAAAAGGCCAUUUAUAGUUGUGAUUGGGAGAAGUUUAGUACGAGUAAUAGGAGAACCAUCUUGAUGAUGCUGGUGAGUGCUCAGAAAACCUUGAGCAUAUCAGCAGGGGGGAUGGCUACAUUGAAUUUUGGAUGUCUCUUAUCGGUUAUGAAGUUUAGUUAUUCUACAUAUAAUACACUACGCUUGAUGGUGAAUUGAAAGU